CCCCCCCGCACCACCCCCUCCUCCAUCCACCGUCUCUCCGUCGGUGUUAAUCCGCCUCUCUCUGCAGUCAUCAUGGCGGAAAUCAAAACGGGAAUCUUCGCUAAAAACGUGCAGAAAAGGCUGAACCGAGCGCAGGAGAAGGUUUUGCAGAAACUUGGAAAAGCAGACGAGACUAAAGAUGAGCAGUUUGAACAAGUGGUCAUCAACUUCAGGAGACAAGAGUCGGAGGGCUCCAGGCUGCAGAGGGAAAUGAAGUCCUACAUGGCUGCCAUUAAAGGAAUGCAGCAGGCCUCCAUCAACCUGAGUCAGUCUUUGCAUGAAGUCUAUGAACCCGACUGGCAUGGCAGGGAUGACGUGAUGAGCAUCGGGAAGGACUGUGAUGCAUUGUGGGAAGACUUCCAUAACAAAGUGGUGGACUCCACUCUUCUGAACCUUGACGCCUACCUUCAGCAGUUUCCUGACCUCAAGACCCGUGUGGCGAAGAGAAGCCGGAAGCUCAUCGACUACGACAGUGCUCGGCAUCAUGUGGAAACUCUGCAAGCAUCUGGGAUGAAGAACGACCGCAAGAUGAUGAAGGCAGAGGAGGAGCUGAAAAAGGCCCAGAGGGUGUUUGAUGAGCUGAAUGCUGGUCUGCAGGAUGAGCUGCCGACUCUGUGGGACAACCGAGUCGGGUUCUACAUCAACACCUACAAGAGUGUGACAUCUCUGGAGGCCAGGUUUCACCGAGAGAUUUCUGUGCUCUGUAAACAGCUGUAUGAAGUGAUGACAAAGCUUGGAGAGCAGCACUCAGACAAAAUGUUCACCAUCCAAGGAGCUCCCAGUGAUUCAGGACCGCUGCGACUCGCUCGAACUCCGUCACCGCCGGACGAUGAAAGUCCACCUGAGAGUCCAGAUGCCAGCUCCAAUCACAUGCUCCGGCCCGUCUCACCUGGACCACCUCGGCCCAAGUCGCCCUCACAGCUGAGAAAGGGUCCACCUGUGCCUCCACCUCCGAAGGUCACUCCUACUAAAGAGGUGGCAGAGGAUCAGAUCAUCGACCUGUUUGGAGGAGAGUUCCUUCCUGCACCCUCACCUUCACAGCCCAAUGAAAGACCAGGGGAAUCUCUGCUUGACCUGGACUUUGACGCUUUUCAGCCUGAUGAAAGUGUUUCACCGAUCCCACAGACAGCUGUACCGUGGGAUAUGUGGUCGGCAAACGCUCAGGCAGCCGAGCCUGAUGGAGAGGGCGGCUUCGUUGCUGACUGGUCUGCAGAUUUUGGUUCAGUGAGAGCCAAUGAAGACUCGGUUUCACCUGCUGAGGCCCCGGCUGUAGAGCUGGACGGGACCCAGGCAGACAAACCAGGCGGUGAAGACGAGGUUAGCCGCUGGGAACUCAGUUGUCCCAAAACCCCCAACCUCCAAACAGGUGCAGGGAGUAGCGAUGAGGCAGAGUCAGGGCAGGACCAACGUAGACAGUCCACCCCAGGACUCAUAUUCACCAACGAGUAUGGGGAACAGAUCCAGGACAGCACCAAGGACGGGAGGGACAAGUGGUCCAGGUCUCCGGACGGGUCUGGCUCAGAAUAUGAGACAGCUGAGGAAUGGUGUGAUGGAGCCCAGGGAGGAGGCUGGGCCAGUGCUGAUGAUGAACUCUGUGAUGAGAGAGAAGGUCAGCUAAAGGACAUGGAGGCGGAGCUCGUAGAAGGUCCAGCCAAUGGGGUCGCAGCAGAUUGGCCUCAAACAGCAGAAGGAACCCCACAGAAGAGGGAGGUCAUGGAAAGAAAUGCAAAUUCAAAUGUUCUGACUGAAACACAGGGAGGGGGUGCGUUUGAUUCUGAUCCUUUUGCUGAAACACAGGGAGGGGGUGCGUUCGAUUCUGAUCCUUCAGCUGAAACACAGGGAGGGGGUGCGUUUGAUUCUGAUCCUUCAGCUGAAACACAGGGAGGGGGUGCGUUUGAUUCUGAUCCUUCAGCUGAAACACAGGGAGGAGGUGCGUUUGAUUCUGAUCCUUUAGCUGAAACACAGGGAGGGGGUGCGUUUGAUUCUGAUCCUUCAGCUGAAACACAGGGAGGGGGUGCGUUUGAUUCUGAUCCUUCAGCUGAAACACAGGGAGGGGGUGCGUUUGAUUCUGAUCCUUUUGCUGAAACACAGGGAGGAGGUGCGUUUGAUUCUGAUCCUUCAGCUGAAAUACAGGGAGGAGGUGCGUUUGAUUCUGAUCCUUUUGCUGAAACACAUGGAGGAGGUGCGUUUGAUUCUGAUCCUUUUGCUGAGACACAGGGAGGAGGUGCGUUUGAUUCUGAUCCUUUUGCUGAGACACAGGGAGGAGGUGCGUUUGAUUCUGAUCCUUUUGCUGAAACACAGGGAGGAGGUACGUUUGAUUCUGGUCCUUCAGCUGAAACACAGGGAGGAGGUGCGUUUGAUUCUGAUCCUUUUGCCGAAUCACAGGGAGGAGGUACGUUUGAUUCUGGUCCUUCAGCUGAAACACAGGGAGGAGGUGCGUUUGAUUCUGAUCCUUUUGCUGAAACACAGGGAGGAGGUACGUUUGAUUCUGAUCCUUUUGCUGAAACACAGGGAGGAGGUGCGUUUGAUUCUGAUCCUUUUGCUGAAACACAGGGAGGAGGUGCGUUUGAUUCUGGUCCUUCAGCUGAAACACAGGGAGUAGGUGCAUUUGAUUCUGCUCCUUCAGCUGGAGGUGUAGCUGAAGCACAGGUUCCAAGUGCGUUGGACCUGUUUGCUCAGACCUCUGGUGAGGGCGGUGUAGGUGUUGGUCCUGGGUGGGAUGUAGACCCCUUUGCUAACAGUUUUCCAGCAGCCUCUUCACAAUCUGCGGUUCCUGCCACCAACACAUCUGGCACAACAGGAGAAGGAACAAGAGAUGUAAACAUUCCCAGAAUUCACAGAGAUCCAGAAAAUUCUGACAUGUCUGAAGAUGAGGCUGCAAACCGGAGAUUUGGAAAGUUGUACCAAGAGCUAGAUACAGAGAAGGAAGAGGUGACCAAUGCAUUCAAUGGAUUUUCACAGGACGCAGCAGCUCCAUCUUUUUUUGCGGAUUUUGAUAAAAUGAAUGAAGUUAACACGGAUUCAAAUGAGAUCCAAGAACCAACUGAAGAAAAAGAGAAGCCUCCAACUCCACCUACUGCUAAGGGGGAGGAGCCUAUCGCACCACCUGCCGCUGAGGGGGUGGAGCCUAUAGCAUCACCUUCCACUGACAAGGUGGACCCUAUAGCACCACCUGCCAUUGAGGAGGUGGAGCCUAUACCACAAUCAACUGGAGAUGGAGGAGAGGGUUCAGGCAGCCCCAAGGAAGAAAAGCCUGCAUCCACAGUGGGGUCUCCAGUUGAUGUUGCAGUGUUGGACAGAGCAGACGUCAAUGAGAAUCCUCCUGAUGAAGAAGCCAAAACAUGUGAGAGUGAAGCAGCUCCGUCAGAAACGGUUUCAGCUCCAGAUGAAAGAAAAGAGAGUCCAGUGACUGAGACCUCGGAGAAAAUGCCGAUCCCAUCUGUUGUCAUUGAGCCGGCAUCCAGUAACGAAGGGGACGACGACCGAGACGCUGACAUCAUCUCUCCGACCGCUGUCAGUGACAACGGGGUUUCAGCCGUGAACCAGACCGUCAAACACAUGAGUCCAUCUGGUGGAGUUUCAGCACUGCCAGACGACUUCCUGUAUAAGGUUGAGACCAUGCAUGACUUUGAGGCAGCGAAUUCAGAUGAGCUGGAACUGAAGCGAGGUGACAUCGUGUUGGUUGUUCCUACUGCUUCUGUAGAAGAUCAGGACGCUGGCUGGCUAACAGGGAUCAAAGAAAGCGACUGGUCAACAAUGGGCGUGGGUGCACAAAGAGGACUGUUUCCAGAGAACUUUACCCAGCGUUUGGAGUAAAGCAGAGCUGCUUUAGCUGCUGUAAAACAACAUCAGGAAGUGUCAGUGUGUAGGUAAACCAGUCAGCAUGUAGCGCCCCCUUCCUGAAAGAAACCAACGAGCUGCAGCAGCUGAGCUCUGGCGACGCACUGCAAAGUUCAACAUUUACAGAGGCGGAAAUGUUGGUCUUAAAAACAACUGGUAAUAAAUAAGCAUGAUGUGAUACUAUGUUGUACCCUUACCAAAACUGUGUGAGUGUUGUUUUUUUUUCUUUUUUACAAAUCAAAUAACACUGUAAGGCUAUCUGGAAUCCUGCUGUGACUACAUAUGAACACUUCCAACGCAUCAAUCUGAAAAGGACACACCUGUACCAUUGCACCAGCUGUUGUAUUGGUUUUCUUGCUCUGCUGUUCAGUAUACCAGAGUUUGUGAUGCUGUGAUGUAUUUCAAUGUUUCUGAGUGAUGAAACUAUUAAGUUUGUCAUUACUGGUCACCUUUGUUCACUUGUUCCCCAGUUUGUAUGGUAUCAUGGCUGAAUGUUUGGUUGUGAUCAUUUGUCUAAUUACUAAAGGGAAUGGAGACUUUUACUGUGUGUUUUUGCCAAAUUAAUUGUCAUAUUAGUACUGGCAUCUUUAUGGUCAUCCAGCAUGAAAAAUGUUAGUCUCAGACCCAUGACCUAAACUAUUGUAAAGAGGAUCAAUUAUAUUCAUAUCAGCCAUAUUAUUAUUCAUGUUGGGUUCAAAGAAGGCAGUUUUUAACAAAUACAAUAUGCAAUCUUUGUUGUGGGUCUGUGUAUGGAAGGGUUCAGGUUGACACUAACACUUAAGGUUUGGGUUAACCCUAACCCUGAGUGUUGAUAAAGAUGAGUUCACUCCCUUUGAUGGACACAUUAUUCCACGGUGUACAUGUUCAUGUGAUAUAGAUACUACAGUCCUUUAUGUGAAGAUGAGUAAGUUAUAAUAAAAAAAUUAUAAGUACAAUCUAA